AUGAGGGAGAGUAAUCGACGUUUUCUUGUGAAAUGGUUUGAUUCAUUUGUUUGGUUGGAGUAUAGUAAAGAAAAAGAUGCUGCAUUUUGUCUUCAUUGUUAUCUUUUUAAAUUCGACUUUGAUAAACAAGGAAAGGCUGGAAGCAAUGUCUUCACUGAGAAAGGGUUUAAAAAUUGGAGGAAGGGACCCGAGAAUUUUAGGUACCAUGUUGGACAAGUUGGAAGUCUUCACAAUAAAGCUACACAACAUUGUACAGAUUUAAUGAAUCAGAAGCAACAUGUUGAAACCAUUGUGAUCAAGCAGACAGACCAAGCUCGUAUUAAUUAUCGCAUUCUAUUAACUGCCGCACUUGAUUGCACUAGAUAUUUAUUGCGACAAGGUCUUCCUUUUCGUGGCCAUGAUGAAAGCGAAACAUCUAGCAAUAAGGGUAAUUAUGUGGAGCUUUUGCAAUUUCUUGCCAAUCAUGAUGAGAAAGUUCGUGCCAUUGUGUUUGAAAACGCUCCAAAGAAUCUCAAGUAUAUUGCUCCUACAAUUCAAAAAGAUCUUAUCAAUUCUUGUGCCGCUGAAACCAUUGAUCUAAUUAUUAGUGAUAUGGACGAUGCAUUCUUUUCUAUAUUAGUAGAUGAAUCACGUGAUGUUUCAAUAAGAGAGCAAAUGGCAGUGGUGUUGCGUUAUGUGAACAAAAAAGGGCAAGUAAUUGAAAGGUUUGUGGGUGUCCAAUAUGUCUCUGAUACAACUAGUAGCAAAUUGAAAGAGGCAAUUGAGCAGUUGAUUUCUUCAACAAAUUUGAGCAUGUCCAGGCUACGAGGACAGGGGUAUGAUGGCGCUAGUAAUAUGAGAGGUGAGCUCAAUGGUCUUAAAACACAGAUUUUGAGAGAAUAUCCUCAAGCAUAUUAUGUCCAUUGUUUUGCACAUCAACUACAACUAGCUCUUGUAGCCGUGGCAAAGGGAAAUGAAAACAUUGCUACUUUCUUCACAAUGGCUAGUAGUGUCGUUAAUAUUAUUGGAGCAUCGUGUAAGCGUCGUGAUGCACUUAGAGAGCAACAACAAAAAGAUAUUAUGGAAACUCUUGAAAUUGAUGAUCUUGAAACGGGGCGAGGGUUAAAUCAAGAGACUACUCUCAAACGUCCUUGUGAUACACGUUGGAACUCACAUUAUGAUACUUUACUUAGUAUUAAUAUUAUGUUUCAUCCCGUGGUGAAGGUGCUUGAAUGGAUUGUUGAUGAUGUCAACCAAGAUAAUUUAGGUGAAGCAAAUAGGUUGUUGAAAGAAAUACAAACUUUUGACUUUGUGUUUCACUUAUAUUUGAUGAGAUUUAUAUUGGGAAUCACAAAUGAUUUAUCAAAGGCAUUACAAAAGAAAGAUCAAGAUAUUGUGAAUGCGAUGAUGUUGGUCCAAAGAUGUAAGCAAAAGCUACAAUCCGUGAGGGAUGAUGACUUUGAUGAUUUGCUCAGGGAAGUAUCAAUAUUUUGUGGUAAAAAUGAUAUUGACGUUCCUAACAUGGAUGAUUUAUUUGUACCACAAGGGAGAUCAAGACGUAAAGCUCAGAAAAUCACAAACCGCCAGUAUUAUCGUGUGGAUUUAUUUCUUACUAUCAUUGAUAAGCAACUAGUGGAAUUGAAUAAUCGCUUUACUGAGGUUCAGCUUGAGAUUGAUUGUAGAGAAGUGAUUCAUGGAGUGCAAGGAAACAUUUCGAGAGGCCAGUGGGAGUUGUAUCCUUUCCUUUGUAAGAUUAAGGAGCACCUUGACCAUCCAAAUUUUGUUGAUACUAGCUGGGCUUGGUGUCCAAGAACAGCUAAUGUGGUAGCAGAUGACACUGCGACUCUGGCAAGUGCCAGGAUGAACCUUGUCACCUGGGUCAACAAACCACCAUCUUCGCUGGUGCAUGUUCUCAACAAUGAUGGUCGCCCUUGCCCCCACUUCUUAGUUGCUUGCUUGCAAUCUGCAAGGUUGGACGAUGUAGCCUUAGUGUGGGUGGCGUCUUUGUUUAUUUGCUUUUUUGCAACUUACUUUGUUUAUGUAGUUGGUUGUUUCUGA